CCUUCUGGGUACCUGUUCCUUACGAAAUCAACUAGAUCUUCAAACCUUCCGGAUAAACAAAUCAGACCCUCGCUGUCUGGAUUACAGCCACCGUUUUGUUUGAAAUGCAGCGGAAGCUGGUUACACUAUCAAACGAUAGGAACCAACCUUGCACUCCAUGUCCAAAAAUGGCUGACAAGACACCGAAAGAGUCUUCAGCGCCUUAUGCGACCAGGAUAGACCCCAUGAAGGCUGAGCUUUCCAACGAGCACAUACACUUCAUCAGACAAGUGGAGCUCCAGCAAUGGAAGAAGAAGGUGGGGACGCUCCGGACGCGGAACGUGCUGACAGGACUGACCAUCGGAGCCCUGGUAGUGGGCAUCUACGGCUACACGUUUUACUCGGUGUCCCAGGAGCGGAUCAUGGAUGAUUUAGAUCAAGAGGCCAAUCUUGCAAGACUGAGGGAACCCAAGACCGGUGCAAACUGACCAUCGCCCCCCCCCCCCCCCCAGCCGCGAUGCCUCGGAUCUCAGCUGCAGCUGAACCUGAGGGAGAGCAAUGUAUGGACAUAACUGCACUGUAUCCCCCGACUGGCAUUUCUGAGGCGCUUACGGACUUUUCUAUCCUUAUUGUAUAGGGUGUUGCGGUGUUAUGUUGCCAAACUGAAUCCACCGGUGGUAUGUUGAUUGAUUAAUGUGUUCGAUUAAAUGUCUAAUCAUGAAAUGACUGAGCCUAAUGAUGAACCUCGUCAUCACCGUCUGAAAGUAACUGCUGCUGUAUGAAACUCAAAAUACACUAAAGCAAAGACCUGAGAUUAAAAAACAUAAGUCAUGCAUUGAUCUUCUGCGAUAUUAAUGAAGCAGAUUAAAUAAAAUACCUGGGGCCUCAAAGCGGCCCCAGGGAUGCGUCAAUCUGUUCUGUUUAGUAUACCAUCAUUCCAGGUUUUGAUUUACAUUAGUCAUGUGGAAUUGCUGGAAUUAAUAUUUUACAACCCAAUUAUAGUAUCCGAUAAAAAUGUCACCUUGAGACACCCCAUGACAAAAUCAUGAAUUUCAAGAUAAAAACAAACAAGACAGUAAUUGCAAUAACAUUUAUUCAAUUUCUCAAAAUAUAAUUCAUGGAGCUUGAUCCAGCCUCCAAUGUCAUGGGUUACGAUAUAAAAUAAGACAUCGCAAAAAGAAAGGCACAGAUUCAGCCUGAAAGGACAGCAGCAUUAAAGAGAAAUACAAUUCAAUAUUUACAUUUAAAAUGUAGAGAUGCAUAAGGUUCUCUUUUGAAUAUAUUACGGAAAUCUUAAAACAGAUAUCUGGAGGGAGGGGAGUGUUUCAUGUAACUAAGGCAACGGCUAGAGGUUCACAGCUUUUAAAGAUCUCUAUAUACAACAAAAUACUAGCAAACUUUAACCUUGGGAUUGCAGUUCAUAUAGUGGAAGUAUACACAACAUUUUGUUUCAUCCAUUUGGAAUAAUAUAAUUGAGUUCUCUGUGAAGAAAAGACACCCCAAGAGGAAAAAGAUUAAACGAACCAGAACACA